GGAAGCAAUACCAUCUUCUUGAAUCAUCCCUCAACCAGUUGUUAGGUAAACUUACAAUGGACAUGGUCAAGAACAUUGCAUGCACAUUGUUCCUUGUUGCCAUUGUGGUGGCAGCCACAUUGGUACCGGCGGCAAGCGGCGCCAGCGAGAAAUCCAUUGAAGGGAUGGAUUCAUCCAUCAAGAAGGCCUUUGACGCGGUCAUCGCCGCCGCCCCAGCAUCCAAAAGGUCUGCAGUAGAAUCAUUCGUGCUCAAGCAGAAAGUCGCGGCCACCGCCUCGCUCAAUGAGGCCGCUGGAGAUAAGAUGAAAGUUGAUGAAAUUGUCACCGCCUAUAAGACGGCCUCCGAGGCGGUCCUUGCCGCUAAACCCGCCGACAGAUAUGCCGUAUUUGACAAAACCUUCAGCGAGGCUGGUCAUCCUCCCACCGUGAAGGCCGUCGACGCAUUGGAGUAUUCCUUCAAGGAGGCCAUUGGUGAUGUCGUCGCUGCUGCCCCAGCACCACAGCAGGACGAAAUGAAAGCCCUCGUGUUCCAGCAGACCGUCGUCGCUGCCAACAUGCUUGCCCAGUCUGCAAAGGACAAGAAGGUAUUUGCUGCGGUUACCACUGCCUACAAGGUGGCUUCUGAUGCAGUCCUUGCCGCUGCGCCCGCCGACAAGUAUUCCGUAAUGGAAAAAACCUUCGCGGAGGCUGCUGAUGUCAAAGCAGCAUGAGUGGCACCUCGAUCGUCCGGCCUUCGAUGCACAAGACCACCAGCAGAUUGAUCACUUGAUGUUAUUGAUUUUGUUCCCAUGCAUGGAAACAUGCAAUAGUUCUUUUUUAAGUUUUCUCUUGUAUUGGCGAUUUUUAGCACCCCUGAUGCAGAUACUGGAAACCCUCAUGGCCCGCCACCAUGUACUUAGAUUCCCCCCCAAUGUAUCAAUAUAAAUACUUAUGCCAUCAAACAUUUAUACAAUAAUAGACCAAUAUUUAUGCG